AUGUCCAUAACCGUGCAGGUCUGUCUUGUGAGCGGCAGGACGGUGGAUCUUGAUGUAGACCUGGAUUCUACAAUCGACCAGUUGAGCCAGCGCGCCAGCAGGCAGUUGGGUACCGGGCGGGGACGUCUGUCAAAGAACUGUGGCGUGAUCGAUGGUCAUGCAACUGUCGAGCAGUGCGGGCUGCAAGAUGGCGAUGUGCUGUCCCUGAUUGAGAUUCCCGUUCAAGUGGCGGCUGCCUCUUUUGCUUUUGCUGCACUUCUCCGUGACGGAUCUGUGGUGACCUGGGGUCAUGAAGGCUACGGCGGCAACAGCUGGGCUGUGAAAGAUCAUCUGAAGGACGUGCAGGCGAUCCAUGGCAACCGCGUCGCAUUUGCUGCGAUCGGUGGCCACGGGGCAGCCUGGGGAUUGCAGGCAACGCAGGUGCUGCUCCCAGCGUCUGUCAGAUCGGUCACCAGCACGGAGCAAGGGUUUGCUGCCAUCCUGACCGAUGGCUCGGUGAUUACUUGGGGUGAUGGGAGCUAUGGGGGCGAUAGCCGGUUUGUACAGCAUCUCUUGCAGAACGUGCAGGAGAUUCAAGCUUCUCCAAACGGAGCAUUUGCUGCUCUCUUGGCAGAUGGGUCUGUGGUCACCUGGGGCGAUGGCCGCUUUGGCGGGGACAGCUCCGCUGUUCAAGAUCACCUGAAAGAUGUGCAUCGGAUCCAGGCCUCUCAGGGCGCGUUUGCGGCCAUCCUCCGGGGUGGGUCGGUCGUUACCUGGGGGCAUGCACUAUAUGGUGGCGACUGCAGCGGAGUUCAAGAUCAGCUCAUGGAUGUACAGCAAAUCCAAUCGGCGCGCGGCGCAUUUGCUGCCGUCCUGCACAACGGGUGCGUCGUUACUUGGGGCGAUGCCAAGUCGGGUGGCGACAGCGGAGCCGUACGUCAUCAGCUCACAGGUGUGCAGAAGAUUCAGAGCAACCGUCAUGCGUUUGCUGCCAUCCGAUUCGAUGGUUCGGUCGUGACCUGGGGAGAUCCGAGCAUGGGUGGGGACAGCAGCUCUGUCCAAGAUCGGUUGAAAGAUGUGCAGGAUAUCCAAGCCGUCGGGCACGUUGCGCAUGCAUCGUUUGCGGCGAUACUGGGUGACGGCUCUGUUGUGACGUGGGGUGACAGGACCUAUGGUGGAGACAGCAGUCUUGUGCAAGAUCGGCUGAAAGAUGUGCAGUGCAUCCAGGCUACUGAAGGAGCGUAUGCCGCAGUCUUAGGGGAUGGCUCGGUGGUCACCUGGGGCCAUCUUGUGUAUGGUGGCGACAGCAGCUCUGUGCAAGAUCAGCUUCAAAAUGUGGAGAGUAUCCAAGCCUCCUCAGGCGCUUUUGCGGCCAUCCGAGGCAACGGCUCCAUUGUGACCUGGGGCGAGGCCGCAUGCGGCGGGAACAGCUGCGAGGUGCAAGACCAGCUCAGGAACUGA